GUUUUUGUUCCAGAAAUCUUUAGAUCUUACAACAGGGUUUCAACAUAUUCCGAUUUGUGAGAGUUCCCAAGGUUUUCUGAUAAUAAAAUGACUUCCAAAGUUAAGUCUGAUGGCGUGCAAUAUUCCUCUUACCGUGUCAAUCUGCCAUCUCUCCAGAGGAGCCAAGCAAUUGACAAUGAACUCAGAAAUACCCAAGUCUUCAAUUCUGCCACAAGUUUAGACUCUGGAUUGGGAGUUGGAACAGUUUGCUCAUCUGUGGAUAUGAACAAAGACACCAACACAACUGAAUGUGUCUCAUUAGUGAAUACACACAAACCUGGAGAGGAUGCAGUUUGUGAAGUCUAUGGAGGAAGAGGAAUUGAUUUCGUCAAUAAAGGCUGCAACGUUGAAACUCUACCUUCAGAAAAAGAAGCAGAAAGUGAAGAAGAGGCAAAUAUUUGCUCUGAAGAGGAUGUGCUGAACUUUACCUUCAGAGUUUGUGACAAAGAAGGCACAGGAAAGGUUUCCACAUCAGUGAUCAUUCGUUAUCUGCAGGAAAUGACGGGACAAAGCUACAAGUUUGGCGGACUACAUAUAUUGUACAACAUGCUUGAUCCAGACAAAAGGGAUGUUGCUGUUGACUGUGAACAAUUCCAUUCCACAAUGAAAAGAUGGAUUGCAACUUGCUGUCAGAAAGGCGCAUCGGAUGAUAAAGCAGAUAUGAGAGAACAUUCUUCUGUUCAAUCAAUGGAUGGAGAGGAAACUUCUUGUGUAAUGGCUGGAACAUUGGAGGAAGAGAUGGGCAGCUCUAAAAUAUACUUUCAAAGUGACCACGCAUUUACCAAGAGAGUAGGAGCCUUUUCCAACAGAGAAAGCAAUGAAUUAAUCAGUGAUGUUGCCGAUCUGAAAUAUGCAAACCAGAAGUUACGAGAGCAAAACGCCAGUCUCCAGGAGGCCAUGGAGUUAUCAGAUGAGACAAACUUGCAACUAACAAAGGAACUCUCAAAGUUAAAGGGCCAAUUGAUGAGUUCUCAAAGCUCACUUCGCAGUUUAAGAAGUAUGGUGGAAGAUUUGGAAGAAGCAAAGACCGCAGGAAGGAAUGCACAGGAGAAAGUUUGUCAGCUGCAGGCACAUUGCAAAGAACUGAAUAAGGAGAAUGAGGUACUUGUUGCACAGUUGUGGGCUGUUUUUGAAAAGAAUGAAAAGAUUGAGAAGGAUAUGCGGAAGCUAAACUAUCAGAUAGAUGAACUAUUAACGGAAAACGCUGACCUGACUGUAAGUAAAUACUUGUAA